AUGUUUUUACGAGAGUAUCUAUCGAAUAGAGCAUCUCUCUUCUUCAUUGUACUUUCAAAUUCUCUCUUCUUCCUUGUAAUUUUCAUUCUUUCUUCUUCCUUGUACUUUUCUUUCUCUCUUCUUUGUAAAUUACAUUCUCUCUUCUUCCUUGUACUUUACAUUCUCUCUUCUUCUCCUCUUCCUUGUACGUUACUUUCUUCCUUGUUCCUUGUACUUUACAUGCUCUCUUCUUCCUUGUACUUUUCUUUCUCCCUUGUUCCUUAUUUAAGUCUGCUUUUCAUUCUUCUUCCUUGUACUUUACAAUCUCUCUUCAUCCUUGUACUUUACAAUCUCUCUUUUUCCUUGUACUUUACAAUCUAUCUUCUUCCUUGUAAUUUACAUUCUUUCUUUUUCCUUGUACUUCCUUGUACUUUACAUUCUCUCUUCUUCUCUUCUUCCUCGUACGUUUCUUUUUCUCUUAUUCCUUGUACUUUACAUUCUCUCUUCUUCCUUGACCUUUUCUUUCUCUCUUUUUCCUUGUACUUUGCAUUCACUCUUCUUCCUUGGAAUUUUCUUUCUCUCUUCUUCCUUGUACUUUUCUUUCUCUCUUCUGCCUUGUACUUUACAUUCUCUCUUUUUCCUUACUGUUUUUCAUUCUUCUUUCUUGUAAUUUACAAUCUAUCUUCUUCAUUUUACUUUCCAAUCUCUCUUCUUCCUUGUAAUUUACAAUCUCUAUUUUUCCUUGUACUACCUUGUACUUUACAUUCUCUCUUCUUCCUUGUAUUUUUCUUUCUCUCUUCUUUCUUGUACUUUACAUUCUCUCUUCUUCCUUGUAUUUUUCUUUCUCUCUUCUUUCUUGUACUUUACAUUCUCUCUUCAUCCUUGUAUUUUUCUUACUCUCUUGUUCCUUGUACGUUACAUUCUCUCUUUUUCCUUGUACUUUACAUUCUCUCUUUUUCCUUGUACUUUACAUUCUCUCUUUUUCCUUGUACUUUACAUUCUCUCUUCUUCCUUGUAAUUUAUAUUCUCAUUUCUUCCUUGUAA